AUGACCAAGGCCGUCGGUAUCGAUCUCGGCACCACCUACUCGUGCGUCGCCGUCUGGCAGAAUGACCGGGUCGAGGUCAUUGCCAACGACCAGGGCAACCGCACCACGCCCUCUUACGUCGCCUUCAACGACUCGGAGCGCCUCAUCGGUGACGCCGCCAAGAACCAGGUCGCCAUGAACCCGCACAACACCGUCUUUGACGCCAAGCGCCUCAUCGGCCGCAAGUUCUCCGACUCCGAGGUUCAGUCCGACAUGAAGCACUGGCCCUUCCAGGUCAUUGACAAGGAUGGCAAGCCCAACAUCAGCGUCGAGUACAAGGGCGAGAAGAAGACCUUCACUCCCGAGGAGAUCUCGUCGAUGGUCCUCCUCAAGAUGCGCGAGACCGCCGAGGCCUACCUCGGUGGCACCGUCAAGGACGCCGUCGUCACCGUCCCCGCCUACUUCAACGACUCGCAGCGCCAGGCCACCAAGGACGCCGGUAUCAUCUCGGGCCUCAACGUCAUGCGCAUCAUCAACGAGCCCACCGCUGCCGCCAUCGCCUACGGCCUCGACAAGAAGUCCGAGGGUGAGAAGAACGUCCUCAUCUUUGACCUGGGCGGCGGUACCUUCGAUGUCUCGCUCCUGACCAUUGAGGAGGGCAUCUUCGAGGUCAAGGCCACCGCCGGUGACACCCACCUUGGUGGUGAGGACUUUGACAACCGCCUCGUCAACCACUUUGUCCAGGAGUUCAAGCGCAAGAACAAGAAGGACCUCACCUCCAACGCCCGCGCCCUCCGCCGUCUCCGUACCGCCUGCGAGCGCGCUAAGCGCACCCUCUCGUCGGCCGCCCAGACCACCAUCGAGAUCGACUCGCUCUUUGAGGGCAUCGACUUCUACACGUCCAUCACCCGCGCCCGCUUCGAGGAGCUCUGCGGCGACCUCUUCUCGCACACCAUCGAGCCCGUCGAGAAGGUCCUCCGCGACUCCAAGAUCGACAAGGGCUCCGUCAACGAGAUCGUCCUCGUCGGCGGCUCCACCCGUAUCCCCAAGGUCCAGAAGCUCCUCCGCGACUUCUUCAACGGCCGCGAGCCCAACAAGAGCAUCAACCCCGACGAGGCCGUCGCCUACGGCGCCGCCGUCCAGGCCGCCAUCCUGUCCGGCGACACCUCGGAGAAGACGCAGGACCUCCUCCUCCUCGACGUCGCCCCGCUCUCGAUGGGUAUCGAGACCGCCGGCGGUGUCUUCACCCCGCUCAUCAAGAGGAACACGACCGUCCCCACCAAGAAGUCGGAGAUCUUCUCGACCUACGCCGACAACCAGCCCGGCGUCCUGAUCCAGGUCUUUGAGGGCGAGCGCGCACGCACCAAGGACAACAACCUCCUCGGCAAGUUCGAGCUCUCGGGCAUCCCCCCCGCCCCCCGCGGCGUCCCCCAGAUCGAGGUCACCUUCGACGUCGACGCCAAUGCCAUCCUCAACGUCUCCGCCGCCGACAAGACCACCGGCAAGUCCGAGAAGAUCACCAUCACCAACGACAAGGGCCGCCUCUCCAAGGAGGACAUCGAGCGCAUGGUUGGGGAGGCCGAGCGCUUCAAGGAAGAGGACGAGGCCGCCUUGGCCCGAACACAAGCCAAGAACGGGCUCGAGUCGUACGUCUACAAUGUGCGCAACUCGAUCAACGAGCCGGGUCUCAAGGACAAGUUCGAGGCGUCGGACAAGGAGCUCCUCGAGAAGACGGUGUCGGAGGCGAUCUCGUGGCUCGACGGAGCUCAGGAGGGAUCGAAGGAGGAGUACGAAGAGAAGCAGAAGGAGGUCGAGGGCAUCGUCAACCCGAUCAUGCAGAAGGUCUACGGCGCUGCUGGCGGUGCCCCCGGCGGCAUGCCCGGCGGUGCUCCCGGCGGUGCUGCCCCCGGCGGCGACGACGGCCCCUCGGUCGAGGAGGUCGACUAA